UUUGACUCAACUAAUAUGGAACAUAUCAGUGACUACCUGUGCAGGUAUAAGAACUACAUUUUUAUCAGCUGUAUGAUAAAUGCCGAGCACAUUGAUUCACUGCAGAGCUUUGAAAUACGAGACAGUGACAUAUUCCUUGUCACUUAUCCAAAGUCAGGAACUAUAUGGACUCAGCAGAUCAUCAUCUCCAUCUGUGAGUUAAGUGGAGGUCUGAAUGAAUAUCCAAACAACUACGAGCAGAUGCCUUGGCUGGAGUACAUGGAGAGUCAUGAACCCUACUCUCUGCGACCGUCUCCACGACUCUUCUCCUCUCACCUCACCCCAGCUCUCAUGCCUCUGGGACUGAAGGACAAGAAGGCAAAGGUUAUCUAUGUGAUGCGUAAUCCAAAGGACAACAUUGCCUCCUAUUACCACUUCAGCACUGUCUGCUCCUACAUGGAGACUCCAAAGAGCUUUGACCAGUUUUUGGAGCAGUAUUUGACAGGCAAUGUCUUAGGAGCAUCCUGGUUUGACCACAUCAGAGAGUGGCAUUCAAAGAAAGACCAGUACAACAUCCUCUUCCUGACCUAUGAGGACAUGAUCUUGGACCUGAAGGCAGCAGUAACUAAGAUCUGCAGUUUCUUAGGAAAAAACCUCAGUGAAGCAGAUGUUGAUGAAGUUGUAGAAAAAGCCACAUUUAAAACCAUGAAGAAAGACCAAAAAGCCAACUAUGAGUUUAUACCAAAAGAAGAGAUCAGUGGAAACUUCAUGCGCAAAGGUCAGAUUGGUGACUGGAAGAACGUCUUUACUGCUGCCCAGAGUCAAAGAGUUGAUCAACUGCUUCAGGAGAAACUCUGUGAUCUGUCUCUGAAGUUCAUCUGGGAAUAAAGAGCAGACGUCCACCAUGCUGAACCAUUAUUUUGUUAAACAUUUCUGAUUCUGUUGAAAUAUUUUACAGCUAAAUUGCAGAUAUGAAAUGAAUGAUUUCCACAAUCAAAACUUACAUUUUCACUUCAUGAUACUUCUAGAUAUGC